AUGACUUCCAAGUCAGGUAUGCGUCAAAGAAUCGUCUCCAGCAACGGUACGACGGUGGUGACACCGUCUGACGAAGGCAGGAAAACUGACCAUCUAUUGGACAAGCAUGACCAAUACGAAUUUGGUGGUCCCGGAGGAGUUGUCGCCAUCAUGACUGGCUUCCCCACCCUUAUGUACUACCUUUGGAUUUGUCUGGUGUUCUACGAUGGCCAGUUGGUGCGUCCUGACUCCGUCGAUGACAUCCAACCCUUCCUACAACGGAUGUGGGCUCACAUCAGCAAAGACGCGAGCCCGAACGCGUAUGCUUGGAAAGUUUACUCCGGAUUGAUUGCCUACGAGCUCCUCCUCGCUUGGAUCAUGCCUGGUUACAUGCAAGAAGGCCUUCCUGUUCCAUCUUUGGGGUACAAAACGCUCAUGUACAGGUGCAACGCCACCUUCUGCGUCUACGCGACCAUGAUUACUGCUGCCGUCCUCCACAUCUCUGGAAUCUUCCGAAUGACAGAAAUCAUUGAUAACUUCGGUCAUCUCAUGACUGUAGCCAUGAUUGUUGGCUUUGGUGUCUCCUUUGGAAUGUAUUUCCUGACCAUUGCAACAGGCAAUCAAAUUCGGAUGUCAGGCAACUUCGUCUACGACGUGUUUAUGGGCGCCUGCCUCAACCCUCGCGUUGGUCCUAUUGAUCUCAAGAUGUGGCUUGAAGUCCGCAUUCCUUGGGUCAUCGUUUUUUUCAUGUCUGUCUCGGGCGCUUGCAAACAGUACGAACAAUUCGGUUAUGUUACGCCCAAUAUGGCUUUCAUGUGCCUGGCGACAUGGCUUUACCUCAAUGCUUGUGCGAAAGGUGAAGAAUGUAUUCCUCAGACAUGGGACAUGUUCCAUGAGAAGUGGGGUUUCCUUGUCAUCUUCUGGAACUUUGCAGGAGUACCAUUCUCCUACAUCUAUUCUGUGGUGUACAUGGCUUCCCAUGAUCCAAAAAAGUAUCAUUUCUCUACCCCUACAUACGUUGCCCUAUUCACGACGUUGCUGUUGGCGUAUUUCGUAUGGGACACGUCCAUGUCGCAAAAGAGCCGUUUCAAAAUGCAAACGCAGGGCACCUUGACGUACCGCAAGACCUUCCCGCAGCUACCCUGGGGAACUCUGAAGAACCCGAGCUUCAUCCAGACUGCUCAUGGCAACCGUCUUCUGACUGAUGGUUGGUGGAGAUACUCCCGCAAGCCUAACUAUGUUGCCGAUUGGAUCAUGAGUUUAACCUGGGGUCUGGUCAUCGGUACAUGUACCCCCAUCCCGUACUUCUAUUCGGUGUUCUUCAUCGUUGUUUUGAUCCACCGUUGUGGUCGCGACUUCGAGCGAUGCGCCGUCAAGUACGGUAAAGACUGGGAGCGCUACUGCUCCAUUGUCAAGUACAAAUUUAUACCAGGGAUCUACUAA